AUGGGUAGGCCGAUUCCGCGGAACCUCCAGGCUGCCCACGACAAGAAGUGGAUCCCCAAGAGCAUCGGCAAAGGCACACACCACCGCGAAAAGUAUCGAGCGCUGCUCGACGCCGGCUGGACCAUCCUGCACAGUGGCAGCAAGAGCGACUGCCGCGUGGGCUACUACGCGCCAAAUGGUGUCGGCUUCGACUCACUUUCCAAGGCGUGGGCAGCGCACGAGGCUGGCAAGACGGACAAGGGCGUGAUCCGCGAGUACGUUUCGGAGGCGGGCAUGAGGCUCGUCCGGACGGAGCUCAACGGGCACCUCUUCGAGAAGAAGGGGGUCAAGGAGAGGCCGUCACAGGCGGGCUUGGCGGCCGUCCGCACGCCGCUCAACGCGGCCGCGAUCGAUGCGGGCGAGCUCAAGGAGGCGCCGUCACAGGCGGGCUUGAGGGCCGUCCGCACGCCGCUCAACGCGGCCGCGAUCGAUGCGGGCGAGCUCAAGGAGCGGGCGUCGACCGCGGGCACGGCGGCCGUCCGCACGUCGCUCAACGCGGCCGCGAUCGAUGCGGGCGACCUCAAGGAGGUGGCGUCGAGGGCGGGCAAGUGCAACCCCGCAAACCAGCGCAGGUCGUGGGCGGCGGCCGCCGCGCGAGGCACCGGCGAGACGCAGGACGGCCUCUCGCCGCAGGAGCGAGAGGACAUGGCGCAGCAGGUUGCGGGCGAGGUCAACGCCGUCGCGAUCGCCGCGCUCGAUCACAGCGGGAGCACCUCCGUCUACGUCGCCGUCGGCAGCCACCGCCGCAUGGUGACCAACCUGCAGGAGGCCAAAAAAAAGGGGUGGAAGUGCCUCGGCGGCUGUGAGGUUCUCGCCUCCCUGCUCCGCUCCACCCCGGUCGCUUUCGUCCUCGAUGAGAAGGGCCACGCGCAGCGCUUCUGCACCGCAAGCCUGCGGAAGCACCUGAAGGCGGGCAACAUCGAGGUCUUCGUGAGCGAGGAGUGCAUGCAUGCCGCGUCGACCGCCAAGCGGUCGGAGGUGCUCUCCCACACGGAGCUGAUGCAGCAGUACCCGCACCCGCGCACCCUCAUGUCGGGCAUCUCCAAGGGCGGGCCGCAGCAGGGCCAGGCCUGCGGCCACGCGCUCGGCGUGCUGAUGAUGCACUGCAUGGGCGAGCACUUCGUCGCGCCGCAGGUCGACACGUACGUCCUCGAGAUCCAAGCCAGCCCGGCCUACCGCGAGCGGAAGGACGAGCUGGGCAGCACCUGGCAGGAGCACGCGCAGCAGCAGGCGUCGUCGUCGUCCGCGCCGCUCGAGCUGCCGGCGUGGUCGCGCGCCUUCACCAGGAGGAAGCGUGUCCCAGGCGGCCAUAAAAUCACGGCCCUCAGCGAAGCUGGGAAGACGCGCACUGUGCUGCUGGGGUGCGGCCGCUCUGGGUGA